AGCUAACAUUGUUCCUUGCAAAUAAAAAUAAUUUAAUUGGUGAGAUUCCAGCUUCAAUAUCCAAUUUAAGCAGUUUAACAGGGAUAGACUUUUCUGAUAACCAAUUGAGUAAUACUCUUCCAUAAACAAUGAUGGUGAUGAAGGAACUCGUUAAAAUGUAUAUUUACAAAAACCGCUUGAUUGGAACAAUCCCAGCAGAGUUUGGAAUGCUUGGGAACCUAGAAAGACUGGACCUCCAUGAUAAUGAACUUUUUGGGCCCAUACCAGAUGAGCUUGGCAACCUUUCCAAGUUAAUAUACCUUGAUGUAUCACAAAACCAACUAUCCUCAUCUAUACCAGAAAGCCUAUUCCAUGUUCUGGGCCUUGUACAACUUCACCUAAAUGAAAACUCAUUGAGCAGUGCAUUACCAAAUAAAAUAGGAACCCAACAACAAAUAACAAUCAUCGAUGUCUCCAGUAAUCACUUGCAUGGUAGCCUUCCAGAUUCCUUUGGACAAUUACAAACACUGAUAUUCCUAAAUCUAUCACACAAUUUUCUGAAUGAUUCAAUUCCAGAUUCAUUUUGCAAGCUAACUAGCUUGCAGUCACUGGACCUAUCCCACAAUGAGUUAUCCAGUACCAUUCCAAUAUAUUUGGCUCGGUUUCAAGAUCUCACCAACUUGAACCUAUCAUUCAAUAAAAUGCAUGGUCCAAUACCAGAAGGCGGCAUCUUCACAAACAUUACAUUCCAAUCCUUGAUGGGGAACUCAGGUCUGUGUGGUGACUCCCGUUUAGGAUUUCCCCCCUGCCCAAGCAACUACCAGUCAACUAAUAACAGCCACAUCCAUAAGUUCUGGAUCAUCGGUGGCAUCAUCGGUGUCAUCACAUUAGUUGGAGUGGGAGUAACCUGUGUGUACAUGAUACUCCAGAAAUGGAAGAAGAAAAAGGUGGCAGUUUCUGUUGGCAUGGUUGACAUGAACAACCAUAGGUUGUUAGUCUCGUAUCAUGAUAUUGUUCGCGCCACAAAUAACUUUAGUGAAAGCAAUUUGUUGGGUGCUGGAACUUUUGGCAAAGUUUACAAGGGUCAACUAAGCGAUGGCACGAUGGUCGCAAUUAAAGUUUUAAACAUGCAGUUGGAACAAGCUAUUAGAAGCUUUGACAUCGAGUGUAAUGUGUUGCACAUGGUUCGUCACCGCAAUUUGAUACGCAUACUCAACACCUGUUCAAACCUGGACUUCAAAGCCUUGAUUCUUCAGUAUAUGCCUAAUGGUAACUUGGAAACACAUUUGCUCCCUGAAGCAAGGCAGCAUUUGGGAUUCCUGAAGAGGUUGGACAUUAUGUUGGAUGUGUCACUAGCAAUGGAGUACCUACAUUUUGGACAUUGUGAGGUUGUCAUCCAUUGUGACUUAAAGCCAACCAAUAUUUUAUUGGAUGACAACAUGACAGCACAUGUGGCCGACUUCGGAAUUGCAAAGCUAUUAUUCGGUGAUGAAAACAGUGUAACUGCAAACUCGCUUGGAACAAUAGGAUAUAUGGCCCCAGAGUAUGGAACCAAUGGAAGGGCAUCGCUAAAGACUGAUGUGUUUAGCUACGGGGUCAUGCUGCUUGAGGUAUUCACCGGAAAGAAGCCAACAGAUUCAAUGUUCGUGGGUGAACUAAAUAUUAGGCAAUGGGUUAAUCAAGCAUUUCCCGAGGGGCUUAUUGACGUUGUGGAUGUACGUUUACUGCAGGAUCUCCCUGAUCCCAUGGAUGAAUUCCUUAUGCCAAUAUUUGAGUUGGGUUUGGUAUGCUCGAGUGACAUACCUGAUUGCAGGCUGACUAUGAGAGAUGUGGUUGUGGCACUGAACAAAGUAAAGAAGGAUUUUGUUUGUUCUACAACAUACCAGGAUCUCAACUCAAAAUAGUGUUCAGAAAUAUCUAUACGCAAUGUAUAUGAAUUUGGUA